AUGGGGGCUUACAGGUUCCGAGGAUGGGAAGGAGAGGGAGACGAAACUGCCGCUGCGUCAGCAGGACGCCUUGCCAUAAGGAGAUUUGUUGCAUCACAAGAAGAAGAUGUUGGUUUCACUUGCAAUGGCUUUCAAGGAGUUAACAUGAGCUUAGACGGCUUAGCCCAGAUUACAGAAAAUGGUCUCCUAAUGUUGGCAACCACCACAUUGGAACAGGUAGGCCAUGCCUUCUAUCCCUCGUCGGUUUCGUUCAUGAAUUCUUCUAGUUGUAAUGUUUUCUCCUUCUCUACUACUUUUGUAUUUGCCAUGUUCUCCGAGUUUAACAAAAGUAGGAGGUCCUGGAAUCGUGUUGCAUCUUAUUUUAGUGAUCAAGAGAAUAGGAGUGUGGACCUGAACCUCUUCAGUGGACAGCCCAUGCAACUCUGGGUGGAAUAUGAUUGUUUAGAGAAGCAACUUAAUGUGACUUUAGCUCCUAUUAAUGUCCUUAAACCAACAAUUCCACUCUUGUCUUUGAGAAUUGAUCUUUCUCAGACCAUGAUAGAUCAUCCCAUGUUCUUGGGCUUCUCAUCAUCUACUUCUGCCUUAGUCGUAUCUUAUUAUGUGUUGGGUUGGAGCUUUAAGAUGAAUGGGAAAGCAAAAGAACUCUCUCUGUCCCAACUUCCUAAGCUUCCCCAAGAAGGGUCUAAAACAAAAUCAAGAAUUUUUCAAGUUGGGUUUCCUGUGAUCGGUGCUAGUUUAGUGUUAAUGUCCAUCUUCAUCAUCCAAUUUGUUGUGGGAAGGAAGAAAACGUUUGCAGAAGUUUUUGAAGAUUGGGAACGUGAAUAUGGACUUCACAGGUUCAAAUAUAAAGAUCUCUAUAUGGCAACCGAAGGGUUUAGUGACAAGGAGCUUCUUGGUAAAGGUGGCUUUGGUGAGGUCUACAAAGGAAUAUUACCCACCUCAAAAGUAGAAGUUGCAGUGAAGAGAGUAUCACAUAACUCAAGACAAGGGGAGAAGGAAUUCAUUGCUGAGAUUUCCACAACAACAAAGACGAAAUUGAGUUGGAAUCAAAGAUUUCAAAUAAUAAAAAGUGUGGCAUCCGCGUUACUAUAUCUUCAUGAAGAAUGGGAACAAGUUGUGAUUCACAGAGAUGUGAAGUCCAGUAACGUGAUGUUAGACAAGGAGCUAAAUGGAAGACUGGGUGAUUUUGGGCUUGCAAGGUUAUAUGGAUAUGAAGGGGAUCUUAAAACUACCCAUGUGGUGGGGACAUUUGGUUAUAUUGCACCAGAACUUGCUAGGACUGGCAAAACAAACCCUAGUGUGGAUGUGUUUGCAUUUGGGGUUUUUUUGCAGGAAGUGGCUUGUGGUAGGAGGCCUACAGAACCACAAGGAUCAGAUGAGUGUUUUGUAUUGGUGGAAUGGGUGAUUUCAAGUUGGAACAGGGGAGCGAUUCUUGAAACUGUGGAUCCCAAACUAGAAAUGAAUUAUGAAGUGGAGGAAAUUGAGUUAGUGUUAAAACUUGGAUUGCUUUGUUCUCACUCCCUUCCAACUGUAAGACCAUGUAUGAGACAAGUUGUUAGCUAUUUGGUGGGAGAGGUUGCACUACCAGAGCUUCCAUCUAUGACCAUACAAGGUUGUUCUGGUGAUCACUCUAUUUGGUGUCCUUAUCUUGAGAAUGCAGCGAGUCUGUCAUCGAUUGCAGAUUCUUUCCUCUUUGGAGCACGUUAA